AUGCCCGACACGCCGAAUCUCCCCCGAAAAGGAGAGCCAAGAGGCAGCCGACCCAGCUCACCAUUCGGCUUCCAGAAAACCGACACUAUCAGACAAGUGGAGCGAGAUCUCGCAACGCACAACAACACACCACCAUCAUCCGCCUCCCGCCCCGCUCCUGCUGCUGCUGCUUCGUCCACAACCCGUCCGGGCUCCCCGUCAUCCUUCGAUUCCUUCCUCACCAAUGUCGUCGGCAGCGUCGAGCGUUUCGCCCGUGGAGAUCCAGGGGAUGUCGACCCCAGCACUCGCCUUCCGGAACAUAACGUUUUCAGAGGGCCGCAACCUCGGCAGCAGGCAAACUAUCCAUCAGGGCCAUCAGGACCAUCACCGCGGCCCGUGUCGGCUUACGACUGGACAAGCUCGCCUUCUGAGUCCGCUCGUGGUCCAACUCCGCCGCAAUCCUCCUCCCGUGGACCGACUCCGCCUCCACCACGUCGUACAAAUAGUGCAAACACUCCCAUGGGUGCAUCGCUCCCCUCUCUCCCGCGAGCAGCGUUCCCUCCGCCUCCGCCACCACCGCCUUCUCCUCCACCUUGGAAUUAUGGAAUGCCCACCACUGGAGCUCGUCCAGCUGACACCAGCCGACGCUCGUCACUGGAUUACUUCCUCCCUCGAUUCCAGCAGAAUGUUUCCUCUCCAGGCACUUCGUCGAGCAAACCAGGCAAUACCCGUGCACCCGACCUCUCGUCUCCUCCCGACUUACCACGACCCCCCACGCCGGCACCAGAGCAAUGGACCCAGAAGAAGCCAUCGAUCGAGACUCCUUCUCCCACACUACAGGUCGAAAUCCCGCCAUCUCCUGCUUCUGCGUCCGUCUCUACUCCUGCGCGAUCGCGAUCGCAAUCCCACGUUGGUAGCGGGAGUGCGGAAGGGAUGCCGCUGCGGGAACAAGUCUUGCGGGAACCAACAGAGGCGUUCAUUGAGGACUCAGACUCAUCAUCCUCAGCAGCAGUCCGUCUUUCGGGGAAAGCGACUCGUGGUGAUGAUUCCGGUCGAGAUCAGAAGAAGUCUACCAUGCCCAGCGAAGGAGAAGAGUCACGAGAACGAAGAGAAGAAGAAGAACAGAAUUAUCUUCGUGUUCCGGAGAAAUAUGAUCCGAUGAGGUCGAUGGCUGUGAUCGGGAAGGAUUCGGGGAAGGGAAAGGGAAAAGGGAAAGAUGGCAACGAGGGCAUCCGUCGGGAACCACCGAGUUUGGGCUCUGCAGAGCAUCAGCAGCGUGCGGGAGAUGUCGUUCCUCCUCCACAUCGUCCUCUACAGCAACAACCUCCAUUUCGGCAGCAUACGCGUUCCAGUCCGCUGUCGACGGCCAAGCCGUUGUUGUCAUCCCCAAAUCGAAAGACGGCGUCCGAAAUGCAGGGCGUGACGCCAUCGAUACCGCCCAGGGGUGAUGGACGAAUGGAUCCUCUGCCUCGCAACGAGAAUCUCACUCCGACUUUUCGCUUCCCUCGGGUUGGUGGCACCCAAAGCGUCCCCCAUGCCGAUGAGAAUGAUCCGGUUGAUUCACCAUAUGGUUGGGGCGACUUUGGAAGGACUGUACACCUACAGCAGCAGCAGCAGCAGCAGCGAGGAGGUGGAAAUGCACACGCCGCUCAAACUGUCCAGGCCAAGAGCUUUCCUUCUCCAAAUGCAGGAAACUUUGGUUCUCUUCGCCCCGGAGGCCAACAGCAGCCUCACUCUCGUUCUCCGCAGAGGACGGAAGAAGAUACGCCGCAGAACAAUGAGAGAUCCACCACUGCCAGAAACCACAGCGGCAGCAGAACUGCAUCUCUUCCUCACACGACAUCUCAACCCCACCGGGAGGACUCGGAGGAGAGUCGUCAGCCUUCUUCAUCUUCCUCCUCCUCAAAGGUACAACCAACCAGAGCCAUCCCACCUCCCAUCAUUUCAACACCGACAACAACCCGCCCAAAUCCUCCCCCUUCUUCUUCCGCGGCGUCCGGUGGCAAUGCAACCCCCGACUGGACAAGCCUUAGCAGCCAGUUCAACAUCAUGAAAGAAGGAGCGUCCACAAACCUGGAGGCCGCAAAGGCGAUAAGCGAGUAUUUGAGAUCACAGGGGAUUGGAACUGGUCUGCAGCAGACUGCCAUUGCUAAUAAUGUUGGCGAUGCUGGAGAGUCGAGAAACCUGAAUGUACCAGCUCGACCUACUCCAGCGAGUGAUUCCUCGAUGCGCAAUCCGGCAGUGCAGCAUCAUCCGAGGAGGGAUUCUUCGCUUCGUCGACGGAGCAGAGUGCGGGACCAUGACAACAACUCCGAAGAAGGAGGCCAAACGCAAGCUCCUUUGGCUAUAUCUGCGCCUUCUCUCCCGGGAGCGGAUGAAAGGAAGUCGAGCUCAAACGAUUUCAAUAAUGCACCUUCGGACUCAUUCACUGGACAACGCCAGGAAGCGUCAGGAUCGUCUGGGAUUCGACGGAGGGUUUCCACCAGAGCAAUACCAACCGACGUGGCAUCCACAUCUGGUUCAUCACUUCCGCAAAUUCUUGGCCCGGAGUCGAUCUCGACCGGCAUACACCAAGGAACUUCACCGACAGCGUGUGAAUCGUCGUCAGGAACAUACAGCAAUCCCUCUCGAACAGCAGAGCCUCGGAGAAGCAUUCUCAAGUCUCCACCGAGACAGGACGACGAUCCAGAAGAUGUCUUCCGCGCAGUGCUGGACCAUCCGUUCAUUGCAGAUGGCAGACAGCGGAGGCGGUCCGUGUAUGACAUUCCACUGGAUGGGCUUCCCUCUCAACGCAAACAUGAAUGCGACACUGCGAGAGACGAGCCCAAUCCCAUCUUGAACCGUCCACCACCCGAUCGCCGCCGUGCCAUGAGCGUGGGAUCUUCCUCCAUCCUCGAUACUCCUCUCUUCGCGCAGGAAUGCUUCAAAUGCGGAGCAAAACGCAUCCCCCGUCUCCAUUCACCCUGGCCGGUUGACGUGACUACCCAACAAAUCAUCUGUCCGAAGUGCUCCACUAACGCAAGCAAAGUCGACUUUCUGCUGAGAAUCCUCAAAUCCUCCACUGAUCGAACGACAGCAACGACUUGGACGAGAAAAGAGAAGUUCCUCCUCUUCGUCAUCCUCAUCGCCUUCUAUCUCCUGAGUCCCUUCCUCCUCGUGUUCAUCGACCUCACACUCUCCAUGACGAAAAAAUUCAUCUUCACCACCACAACCACCACUCCACCACCACACGACACACACACAGACACAGCACCUAGCCUCCCCGUCAAAACCAUCACCACCACCCUCUCCCUUCUCAAUUCCCACUACAUCCCCGCUUUCUCCCACAUCCUGUCCACCUCCCACGCGGUCAUCUGCGACAUCGACCAGAAGGAAUGCGCCAUCCACUCCCAACCCUCCGAAUGGCCCUUUUAUCCCGACGCGAUGGCUCGUCGGGGGAGGAGAGGGAGCGAUGGAACCUCUACCUCUACAAAUUGGAGUCCGAUCUGUCCCGCUCUGGAAGGGGACUGCACGGGCGAGGAAGUGCGAAGAGGAGGCGAAGUGGUGGACGAGUCUCAAAAGACGGCAUUCCUCGCGCGAGUCCGAAGGGAGAUCCUCGAAAUACGUGGGGAAUUCUUGGGUCUAAGGGAUUUUGCCGUGACAUAUGUGCGGGAUGCGGAAGGCUUGUUGGAGGGGAUCAAAGCUGUGAGUUUCUCUUCUCUCCCCUACAUUCAUGGUCGAAUGGACGUAUAGUUGGACGGACUUUGCUAACGCAGGAGUUGAAAGAUCCUAUCAAACACCCCCUCCCCACUCAUCGCACGCGCGCAAGAACUCUACGAUCCGCACAUCCUCUCGACCUGGCCACAAUACCACCACCAUCCGAUCCCACCUCCGUCUUUGAUCUUCCUUCCAGAACUCUGGAUCCGACUCACCCGCCCCUCCUGGUCCUUAUAUCGCCACCUCCGUCCGAUCCAACUCGACCUGUACACCACCUCCCUCGCCCUCCUCCUGCAACAUCUCCAAUCCACCACGCCGUUCCAGACCUCCGCCGCCCGACUACGGAAUCUCAAAGAGCGUUGUCUCGAUAUCCUCGGGGAUCGCACGGUAGACAUUCCGCUCGGAAUCGAAGAAUGGCGCGAUGAGACGAUCCGAGAGAUUUGUGGCAUUGCCGGGAAGGUGGGGUCCGAGAGGGGCAUUGUGAGGGAGUUGGAGGAGGUUGUGCAGGGCGUUGUGAGGGAGGGGUGGGUCGUUGGGUCGAGGCGGUCGAGGUCUUAG